AUGGAAGAUAGAUAUGAACUUGCAGUGCUAAAGCCUCCAGAAAAUACCUAUUUUCUCUGGGUGAAGUUUUUAUCCGAGCCUUAUCGCCGCGAGCAUGUAUGGUUAACAUAGAUAAAUGACUGCCCAAAAGAGCUAUUUGCAAGUGCCUUAUAUCACACCCAUCCCAACGGAGCAAUCAAUCCCAACACAAAAAAGCUUAAAGUGUUAGAAGAAAUUAUUACUGACCUUUUGGUCCACAGCUCUACAGACUUAUUAGAAGAAUUCGAAUCCCAAGAGCUUCCUUUGGAAUACAAAAUCAAUUUGAUGAAAAAAGCAAGGGAUAAAGGGGACAAUAUCCUUUAUUAUCGAUUUGUGAUUAGGACUUUGAUCACUGAUUACAAGUUUGCUAGAGAAGUGCUGCAUUUAGAUAGAGAUGAAGAGUUAGAAGCAAUCCACCACCUUUCGAAAGUCCGCACUACAAACCCACAAAUUUUAUAUGAGUUGGGCUUGUGAAAAGCUUUACUCCUCCUCUGUCUUUAAAUUAGAGCAAAAAUUUCUGUUCCAAUUAAAAGAGGAUUUAAUUUUAUUUUAAAAAAAUAAAUAAAUUUUCACAAUAUCUUUUUAUAAAUAUUUUAAAAAAAUAAAAUUCAUAUUGAAUGCAAUAUUUUUUAAUUUUAAUAGAUUUUUAUGAAGAAUUUUCAUUCAAAAAAUUAGGUAUUCAAAAUGCUAACUGUUUGCAUAGCAUUUUUGAAUCGCUCAUUAAAUAAGAUUAAAGCUAUUUAUGCAAAAACUAGGAUUUUCACCAUAAAAUUAAAAUUUUGUUCCAAUUUAAAAGGGAUUAAUUUAUUCAAAAAAUGUCAAUUUUAACAAUAUUUUGUUCUAAUUUAAAGGUGAGAGAAGUUAGAAGAAAAUUAUGCAGAAGCAGCAUAUGCCUUUCAGUAUUAAUUUAGAAAAUGUUAUUUUAUAAUAAUAAUAAAAUCUUAAUAAAUGUAAUCCAAUAUACCAUUUUACUGAACUAUAUAAGAGCCUUCCUGCAGAUUAUGUGCCAACAGCGAAUCCCAAUAAAAUCACCACUCUAACUGUUGACAAGCUAAAAGGGUAUCUUGGAAUCAUCCCUGAAACGAUGGAAAUAGAAAAAGACGAGUCUUAUGCAAGAGAGCUAUUUCAUUACAGUAGAGAGCUAGAAGGCAAAAGAAGAGUACAAAGAGACCAACAAGAGUAAAAGUAACAUAGAAAUAUUCAAGUAGAUUUAGAACAGAUGGCCCAAAACAUAGACAUCAUAAAAUCAAAAAUUGAAGUCGAUAAUCUAACAGAACAGUUUGCUGUAGCCAGAAAGUACUUAAAAUAUGCUCUAUUUGAAAAUAAAGGAUACAGCUCUUUGUCAAGGAAAAUAUUUGAAGAUGUUUUAAGCAGAAUUACAGAGUCUGAGCUUUACUUGUGAACAGAUUGUGUGUAUUAUUGUGCAGUCAUAACUCCAUUAGAAGAGUCCCCUCCAGAAAAAUACUUCGACACAUUAAAAGAAAUUAUUGAAAAAUUCGGCCCACCAAAUUUGAAGCAAUGGACAUAUAUUUUAGCACUGAUAUUGCAAUCUCCUUACCUUGGAAGUUUCUCUACAAGAGUUAAAUCAUUGCUCUCUGAAGAGUUACUGAAUGUGCUUAAUUUCGUUGAAAAAGUUCAAGUCUUGAUAGCCCAACCCGAGCCUUGCUCGAGUGACUUUUUAUCAGACGUUUAUUUGAAUUUUUUAGAUGUCAUAGAAAAAAUUGAUAUAAAAAUCCUGAUAAUUUUUGUAGAAAGCAUUCAAAUUCCGCUUGUUGUUAAACAAAUUUCAAGAUGGCUGUUUACUGCUGUUAGAGUUCUUAAAUUUAUCCAUAAAGAGCGGCAGACUGAAGCAGACCAGCUUUAUUCAUAUUUUGAGCUUAUUAGCUUUGAAAAUGACUUUAUGAUUGAUGUCCCUACUGAUAUUGAUUAUAAGAUGUAAGAAUUAUAUAGAAAAACAGGAGUUCACGACUUCUCAAAACUGACAAGGCUAACAAAGGUCGCAAUUGGUAAAACAAAGAAAUUAAGCCCCGGAGGAUACAAUGAUUAUUUUUCAGGGAAUAUGUUUUUAUUAGAAGAAAAGUUCCAUUUGGCUGUGAAAGAUUAUUUAAAAGCUGCCAGAGUGAUUGAGUAUCCGAAGUUCUAUAAAAGACUCGCAUAUUCAGUUAUGAAAGUGGGUGCUCUUCUAGAAGGGAUUAUUUUAUAUCAAUUAACAGACCCAGACUUUUCUGCUUCAAAAGUUAAACCUAUUUUGCAGACCGUUCCUCUCCAAAAAUUCCUCCUUCCAUUUAUAUGCGAUGUUGAGUUGUUAGAAUUGAUGAUAGAACAAAACCGAAAUAGAGAUGAAAUCGUUGAAGAUUUAUCAAAAUUAAUUGAUUCCCCAGAAAGGCAUCAGUCUGGAAAUGGCUCGAGGAUGAAAAAAAUUCUUCUUGACCAAUUUUUGGAUCUUCUGCAUUUCACAGCCCAAAACUUUCGAAAAAAUAAACAAGAAUAA